AUGGCCUUCAACUCAUCCUCUGCAGCGCCGCUGCACCCGUACUAUCCUCUCGGCGUUGAGAUCGUGGGGUACAUGGCUAACGAAUGGAACACAUUCGAGCUGGUUAGCAUGUUUGCCGCGGGGUGCGCUGUCAUUUUCAGCAUAACCUAUGCGGUUCUGAUGAAGUCCCGUCCGAACGCCAGCAACUCGGACGUGCUCAUCAUGAUGUGGUUCGUGCUGUGUGGCUGCAUUCACUUGUUCUUUGAGGGCUACUUUGCCUACAACUUCAGGCGCAUGGGCGGCAUGCAGGAUCUGUUUGGCCAGCUGUGGAAAGAGUACGCGCUCAGUGAUUCGCGUUAUUUGACCCAGGACGCGUUUGUCUUGUGCAUGGAGACAGUCACUGCCGCCUUCUGGGGACCCCUCUCCUUCGUCACCGCCUACUUGAUCGCUGUCGACCACCCGCUUCGCUACUCUCUGCAGCUCAUCGUCUCGCUCGGCCAGUUCUAUGGCGAUGUCCUGUACUACGCGACUUCGCUGUUCGACCACUACAUCCUCGAUGUAGCCUACACCCGCCCUGAGGCUGCCUACUACUGGGGCUACUUCGUGCUCAUGAACUUCUUUUGGAUCGCCGUCCCUGGUUACCUCAUGUACCAGAGCGUCGAUGCUAGCGUUCGCGCUUUCCGUGCUGUCAACGACGCCUCCAAGCUGUUGCAGAAGGCCCAGCAGAUGGGCUACUACAAGAAGAAGGCUUAG